UAAAGUAGUAAUGAUCCUGCAUUAGAAAUAUUGGAAAAGAACCAACAGAAACAAAAGAUAAUAUAGCAUCAAAUCUUUCAAUAUAUGAAGGAAUGAUCGACAUAAUGAAGAACAUAUUCUAGUACUAGUUUAAGUUGUUUUAUAUUUGAAAAAGAGAAAAGUUUGUACAUCAGCAACCAUUAUAAAAAGGGUCCCUGCAAAACUCUAAGAUCCAACAUUGAGCCAACGAUAAUCGUUCAAAAACCAGAAGUUAAAAUCUUUACAAAAAACUUGUGGAAAAAUGGGUGCUAACUACUCAUCAACUUUGCAUGAAGCUCAAAAUAUGCCAACCACACCACAAAUCAAGAGGUCUCAAGUCACGGCUUUCCACUCUUCAACAAAAUGGAAACUCCAUUUUGAUGCUUUGAAGGAUACAAACAAACUGGUUGUUAUUGACUUCACAGCUACAUGGUGUGGUCCUUGCAAAUACAUGGAACCAGUUAUCAAUGACUUUGCUGCCAAAUAUACAGACGUUGAGUUUGUCAAGAUUGAUGUUGAUGAAUUAGCUUUAUGGAUGAAUUGUAAACAGGACGUAGCUCAGGAAUAUGAGGUUCAAGCAAUGCCAACGUUUGUGCUGAUAAAGAAAGGCAAGGUAGUUGACAAGAUUGUCGGAGCAGAUAAGGAUGGGCUACAGAAAAAGAUUCAGAAACACAGAGCUAUCUUCAUCUGAGAAAACCAAAAGCACAUAUGUUUUUACUGGAAUGGUAGUCUCUGUGUAGAAUAAAUUCAUAUCUUUAUCACUAAGAACUAGCUAUGUACUCAUCUCCGGAUCUUCCUCACUUCUGAUUGUAAAAUUCAAAGAGGAUGAUUCAAGCACUAAUCUUGGUAUAUUGAUUUGAAUAAGUAAAAGUCUUUCUGGUUUCACUGUU